AUGCUCUCCAACCAACAUUCCGACCGCACAAGAGCCCAUUCCCCCCUCCGACCCGGCGUCCUCCCCACAGCCCCUUACUCAACCCGGCCCCCUUCUCCCCCUUACAUUCACGUCCCGGCCGUCCCCUUCCCAGCCGCCCCCUUCCCAGCCGCUACCAGCACCACCACCACCGGCAACCUCUCCACAUCAUCAAACCCUAGCGAUGCCAACACCCGCGCCCGCACCCCCUCUCCCUUCAGCAACAUCCUCAUGACCAUCACGCCGUCCCCCAAUGCGGUGCACUACUCGCAGUACACGCCGACUCCCCUUUCGCACGCCGACCUCGCGCUAGUGACGCGUAACUUGGCGCCGCAGUAUGCUAAGGAUGCAUCGACGAACUGGGUGUAUGAAUCGCGGCGGCAGGCACAGCAAGUUCUGGAUUGGGUUUACCUGGGGCCUGCGAGUGUCGUUAGGGAUAAGGUUUUCAUGGAGAGGGAGGGGAUCACCAUGGUGCUGGCGGCGAGAGAUAAGCGGUUUGCGGCAGUGAGUUUGCCAGGGCUCAAGAGGGCUUUGGAAGGGACGGGUGUUGAGGUGGAGGGGGUUGAGGUUGGUGAUGCGAGGGAGUUGGUUAGGGUGUUUGAUGUGGUUGUGGGGAUUAUUAAUCGGCAUAUGUUGAGGAUUGAGAGGGAGAGGGUGGAGAAUGAAGGGCAGGGGAAACCGGGGAAGGUGUUGGUGUGCUGCGAGACAGGGAAUGAUCGCAGCGCGGCGAUUGUAGCGGCGUAUUUGAUGGCUAUGUUUGCCCUGGAUACUGUGCAGGCAGUGCAGUAUAUGCUGUUGAAGAGGUUUUGUGUUACACUGGGGGACGAGACGAAGCAUAUGCUGCAGGCGUAUGGAGAUAUCUUGAGGGCGAGAGGGGAUGUUGGCGUCAUGAUGAGCACGAGUACGACUGCGCCAGCGAUGCCUGCUGUGACGAAUGUGUCAGCUCAAGGUCAGCAGAGUCACCAGCAGCCGUUACAACCGCCACAACAGUAUCUGCAGCCGCAUCCGACGAAACGGCGCAUUGAGGAGACGAGGUACGUCGAGAUGGAUGACGGCAUAGACCCCGACGAUGUUAUGUCUGACGCCAUGGACGAGGAGCGCUACGCGGGACGGAGUUUCGCUCCGUUCGUUGAGAGGGAGCCGUGA